AAAAACUUUGAUGAAGAGAAAACAAAAAAAAAAAGUCUGAAACCAAAAAUCAAAAUGUCACCACUUCAGUGGUUUCCUACUAUCCUCAUCGUUGUCGUCGUCUUCUUCUGGAGCUUACCUUUGCCCUCACAUGGAAGCUCACAAGUAUUAGCAGAAGAUGAAGAAGUCACAGUCGUUGGAUACGGCUACGUCGUCAGAUCAGUGGCCGUUAAUUCCAACCAGAAGGUUUUGACGGCGAAGCUUGAUUUGAUCAAACCAUCGUCCGUUUACGCACCAGAUAUUCAAACACUUAGCCUUCAUGUCAGCUUGGAGACAAGUGAGCGUUUGAGAAUCAGACUCAGGGAUUCUAGUCAACAAAGAUGGGAGAUACCGGAAACCGUAAUUUCUCGCGCCGGAAACCACUCUCUACGCCGUUUCUUACCGGAAGAGGGCGGAGGAAACUCGUCGGAGAACAAUAUCCUGGAAGAUCCAUCAUCGGACUUAGUUUUCACCCUCCACAACACCACGCCCUUCGGUUUCUCCAUUUCCAGAAGAUCCUCCGGCGAUGUCCUCUUCGACACAUCGCCGGAUCCAUCAGAUCCAAACACUUACUUCGUCUUCAAAGACCAAUUCCUUCAACUAUCUUCCGCGUUACCGGAAAACCGAUCGAAUCUGUACGGUCUCGGAGAGCACACGAAGCGAUCGUUCAGGCUAAAACCCGGCGACACCAUGACUAUGUGGAACGCCGACAUCGGCAGCGAGCAUCCCGAUGUCAACCUUUACGGAUCGCACCCGUUCUACAUCGACGUAAGAGGAUCAAACGGCCACGAUGAAGCAGGGACGACUCACGGCGUUCUCUUGCUGAACAGCAACGGAAUGGACGUGAGGUAUGAGGGAAAUCGGAUUACUUAUAAUGUGAUCGGCGGUAUCAUUGAUCUCUAUGUGUUCGCCGGACCAUCGCCGGAAAUGGUGAUGAAUCAGUAUACAGGGUUUAUCGGAAGACCUGCACCUAUGCCUUACUGGUCAUUUGGAUUUCAUCAGUGUCGGUAUGGAUACAACAAUGUCUCAGACCUUGAAUCUGUAGUUGAUGGAUAUAAAAAUGCUGGAAUACCUCUUGAGGUUAUGUGGACGGACAUAGAUUACAUGGAUGGCUACAAAGACUUCACUUUGGAUCCCGUGAAUUUCCCCGAGGACAAGAUGAAAUCGUUCGUGGAUACACUUCACAAGAGCGGUCAGAAAUACGUGCUGAUCUUAGAUCCUGGUAUCAAUGUGAAUAGCUCUUACGGGACAUAUGAAAGAGGGUUGAAAGCGGAUGUUUUCAUAAAACGAAAUGGUGAGCCUUAUCUCGGUGAGGUUUGGCCUGGAAAAGUAUACUACCCUGACUUCUUGAAUCCAGCUGCUGCAACUUUCUGGAGCAAUGAAAUCAAGAUGUUCCAGGAAACUCUCCCAUCGGAUGGUGUGUGGCUUGACAUGAAUGAGUUAUCAAAUUUCAUAACUUCACCUCUCUCCCCUGGAUCCUCACUCGAUGAUCCUCCUUACAAGAUCAACAACUUAGGGGGCAAAACGCCGAUAAAUAAAAAAACAGUACCCGCAACAUCUAUCCAUUUUGGAAACGUUAGUGAAUACGAUGCGCAUAACUUGUAUGGACUCUUGGAAGCUAAAGCUACUCACCAAGCCAUAGUGGAUUUAACGGGCAAGAGACCGUUCAUUUUGUCAAGAUCCACGUUUGUAAGCUCGGGGAAAUACACGGCUCACUGGACCGGCGACAAUGCUGCAAAAUGGGAGGAUUUGGCUUACUCGAUCCCAGGAAUUCUCAACUUUGGGCUGUUUGGGAUUCCAAUGGUUGGAGCUGAUAUCUGCGGUUUCUCAUAUGAUACCACAGAGGAAUUAUGUCGUCGAUGGAUCCAGCUCGGAGCAUUUUACCCUUUUGCAAGAGAUCAUUCGUCCAAAGGUACUGCUAAACAAGAACUGUACAUCUGGGAUUCGGUUGCUUCUUCUGCAAGAAAGGUUCUCGGCCUUCGUAUGAGACUGCUCCCACAUCUUUACACACUAAUGUACGAGGCUCACGUUACCGGUGUCCCGAUUGCGCGACCGCUCUUCUUCUCCUUCCCUAGUGACACUAAAACCUAUGAGAUUGAUUCGCAGUUCUUGAUCGGAAAAAGCAUAAUGGUAUCUCCGGCGCUGGAGAAAGGUACAACUACCGUCGACGCAUAUUUCCCCGCCGGAAUCUGGUUCGAUAUGUUUAACUAUUCGAUUGCUGUCGGUGGAGAUUCCGGUAAGCACGUUAGGCUUUAUACUCCGGCCGAUCACGUCAAUGUUCAUGUUCGAGAAGGUAGCAUUGUGGCUAUGCAAGGGGAAGCAAUGACAACUAGAGAAGCCAGAACGACACCGUUUGAGCUUCUAGUUGUAGCCAGCAAGGUCGAGAACAUCUCCGGCGAAGUGUUUCUCGAUGACGGGGAGAACAUACGGAUGGGAGAGGAAGGAGGGAACCGUGAUUGGACCAUCGUGAAGUUCUGGUGCUAUGUGACUGGAAAAUCCGUGGUACUGAGAUCGCAAGUGGUGAACCCAGAGUAUGCGUCGAGAAUGAAAUGGAGCAUCGGGAAAGUGACGUUUGUUGGAUUCGAGAACGUGGAGAGUGUGAAAGCGUACGAGGUUAGGACAGGUGAGAGAUUGAGGAGUCCGAGAAUCUCUGUUAUUAAGACGGUCGUGGACCAUGAUGAUCCGAAAUUUAUGAGUGUGGAGGUUUCUAGACUGUCGUUGCUUGUUGGGAAGAAGUUCGAGAUGCGAUUGAAAUUGACUUGAAGAAAGUAUAUAUACCCAAUUCUAUGAUAAAUUGUGGAUGCUUAAUGAAUAAAGAAGAGUUUGUGAGUAAAGAUUUCAUAGUUU